AUGAGUACGCCAUCUUCCAAGAAAUCCAAAGCCCGGUACUCGAUACAUCCGCCCUGGGGAUCCUAUGCGCCGGCGCAACUCGGCAUUGGGCCAUCCAACACGCGCCAUCCGCACGAGGCACACGCCCACACCGCACACACUCUCCCCGCCGAUCCCGCCGACGCCGACCACGCCCAGAUCCUCAUCCCCUAUCUCUCCUCGGUCGAUCUCGCACGCCGGGCGAAUAUCUAUCCACGUGGCGUGCAGAUUGAUAGUCCGAGCAGGGAUUUAGAGGCGAUGGAGCGCUGGCUCGAGACUCAUCGGUGGUCGCGCGUUUCCAGCGAUGCUGGCAACGAUUUCCUCCCGAAUAACCCUCCCAUAAACGUGCACGCAGGCAGCACACACUCUACCCGCCCCUUCUCUUUCCCGCGCUUCCACAGCAACAGCCUCGAGCACACCUCCCAAAGCCCCGGCUCUGUCUUUAAUGCUGGCGGGUGCGUCAUGGGUCUGGAUUGGCAGAGGCGGUGGCGGGAGGUGGAGGUUGAGGAUAUAAAUCACGCGGAGAAUAGCGCUGACAACGACACACCCAUUCAACCCUCCAUCCUCGCUGUAUCGGUGCUCAACAACAACUCCACAGCCCACGGGAUCGGCGCACACGACCGGCGGGGGUACAAGAGUGCAAUCCAGCUAUGGGGGUAUGUGCCACGGCACAAGAGCGGCAACGAAGAAAUCACACCUUGCUCAAUCACCCUCCUCGCCGUAAUCUGCCACUCUCAUGGCGUUGCACUCGAUGUCAAAUUCAGCCCUACAGAUGCUGCAUAUAUGGAGUAUGGGGAUCAGGAGCGCGAGCGCGUGACGAGCGGGGCACUUGCAGCGACUUAUAACGACGGACAAGCUCAAGUCAUGCUCAUACCCGACUUGCUCCUCUUGCGGCGCUUCUAUGGGGUGGGUGAUAGCGAGGUCCUCUUCCUGAACCCUCCUGCAUCUACCCUUGUCAUGCAAACUCCCCCCUCUAAAGGCCUCACGUGCGAAUGGGCUAGCUCUAACCGCCUCGCUGUCGGUUUCUCUAACGGUGCAGUGGCUGUAUACGACUUGCGCGCCGCACUUAGAGAAAGGCGUAUGAGUAUCCGGCCAAGCUCAUACAUAGAUGUACAUAUGGGUGGCAUAAACGGUAUGCAAUGGGUGGCGAUAACGCCUCACGAGAUGGCUCGAGGAGAUGGAGGUGAAAAUAAAAGUGAAGAAAGCACAACGCACAAGACGCUCUUACCCACUCUCAGUACAGGGCCACGGGCGGAAUACACGCAGUUGCUCACGUCAGCCUACGACGGCAGUAUCUGCAUAACGGAUGUGCGUCUAGCGGGUAGUGGGAGUGGGAGUGGCGGUUCUGUGACUCUGUUUGACCACAUACGUGGUGUGGCGUAUACAGUCGGGUACUCUAUCCACCUUAACGCCAUGGUUAGUGCGAAUGGGGAGAACACGGUAGUCGCACAGGGCUUACUAGCUAGCGAUUACAAACGUGGUUCCCAACUUACCGAUUUCGCCUGCGCAGUUCUCAGUAUAGCCACUUCUACUUGUCACCCUUUCGUAGCGGUGGCUGGGUCGAAUGGACACGUGGAGGUGGUUAACCCGCUCGCAAUUGUGCAUGCACGGUCGAGACGUCUGCAGGUUUAUUACUCAAUGGACCUCUUCGCGGUGGAGUUCGGUCGUAGUGAAGAGCUUUAUCGCAUGAUUGAUCACCUCAACCCUCCUAGUAACCGCGAUCGAGAGGGUACGGACAAAGGUAAAGGCAAUAAGGUUGGCAACGCGGUUGAGAAACAUCCUAGAGAGGAACUGGGUAAAUACGCAGCUCCUUUCCCGGCUGAAUCUGCUGUGCGCAUUCUUAGGUGGAACCCAGAUAGUGAUCGCGCGGCAUUGCUGGCGUCGGGAAUGGCGUGUGGGUUGGUGAGGGUGGAUGAGCUGUGGGAUGUUGAGUGA